AUGGUUGAUUUCAAGAAAGGAAAACAAGAUGGCAAAGUUGAUGAUGAUGGUUUCCUUAUAUUAACAUUGAUUCAAUCACGGAGGUCCUUUGGAGGGGGCCGUAAUUUUAAACAUUAUCUUGAACUCCUAGGUUCAUUGGAGUAUCCCAAUAAGGAACAUGUGGUUUUGGGACUUUUGAUUGGCAAUGCAAAAUUAUUUGAUAAUUUGGUGAAACAUUUCACUGAUGCAAAUGAUCUGAUUUUCAGUCGUAUCACAUUGUACCAUGCACCGUUCAUUCAAGAUUCGCAAACUUCCAGAGGUAAUCGUCACGACAACCUGCUUCAAAAGGUCCGAAGACGUCAACUUGCAAGACUACGUAACUUUCUCAUGAUCCGAAGCUUCGGCGAAGAGCAACACGUUCUCUGGAUUGAUUCAGAUGUUGAGGAUAUUAAAGAUAAACAAAUUCUCCUUCAUUUCUUACAAUCAGGUAAAGAUAUUAUUGUUCCUCGGAUCUCAGAAGCUGAUAACGGUGACUAUGAUUUGAAUUCAUGGCGAGGUAUUCGUACAGAACCUGAUAAAGUUCAAGCAAAACUAAUGGAUUCUAACCAAUGGGAUAAAGUCACAUUUAUGCCUGAAGAUAAACAAGUUUUCCAUUUCUCCACGUUUCUAAAAGAACAGGCUUCCAGUCAUAAAGAACCAGAUUAUGUGACUCCACUUGAUUCUGUUGGAAGUGCCUUUCUUUAUAUUCGUCUGGAAAUCUUACAACAGGGAGUUAAUUUCCCUGCGUACCAUGCCGUUGGUACCAAUUGGCGUCGUAAUGAAGGUUACGAUGGGAUUGAGUCCGAAGGCUUAUGCUAUGUGGCUCGUGUUUUGGGUUAUACAUGUUGGGAGAAUGAUAAGCCUACAUUUGCCUUGGAAGUCUAUGUCUACAUUAACGUAUGGAAUGAUCGUGCCGAAAGAAUGCUAUAUGUGUCGAAAUGCGAUACUGUGGGUAUGCAUCGAAGCUCUGUAAGAUUUGGAGAGAUAGCAACUUCUAUGCUUGAAUGGCUUGUAGCACAAGAUCUUGGACAAGUCUAUUGUCAGAACAUAACCCGAGGCAAAUCAACAUCCUACUCGUCAGCAUCUUUGUCCUCGUCUUCUGCUGUCAAUGGAGAGAAAGAGGAAGUGCCCGUGAAUUCAGUACACUUUGCAUUGGUUCGUCAUUUGAAUCAACUACGUGCCCCACAAGGAGCUAAGGGAAAGUCAUCCUAUUCAAUCACUGUUCCCUCUAACCAAGUUACUCGGAUCUGUCUCUUCACACGUCCUGCAGAACAAUAUCUUUUUCCUGGUUCUGGUGGGAACAUACACAAGCAUACAAUUGAUGGCCAAGGACUACUAAGAUGGUGGUUGAAGGUGUUAGAUCCCUUAGUGGUUCUGAAGUAUGGGUGUGCACGUAUGACAAUACCUUCCAGUGAAGAUCAAGUCAUUUCUAAAUAUUUGGCACCCCUUAAAGGCGAUUGGAAACCAGGCAGUCUAUUUGAUAAAGGUUCCGGAUCGUGCAUUCGAGUGAUUCCCCUAUUACCUGAUGAUCCAAAGGGUAGGUUCUUAGAACACCUUGUUGUUGAACAUCGAUAUCGCAAAGUGAAUGUCCCACAGUUCUGGCAAGAAUUGGGGUAUCGACAAGAGUUCCGUUUAGGGGUAUUAGUGGGAAUAAUCGGCAUAGAACUCACUACAACUCCAGCUUCCUCAUCGAUGUCAAAUGAGCUCAAGAUUACAACCAACAAAGUAUCAAGAAAUAUCUACAAGAAGCUUGUCGAUGUUAUCAAGAGUGGAGAUUUUUCCGAUGCCAUUGAUGUGGAGCAAUUACAGAAACGUUUGCAACAAGUUGUGGAACUCCAAACUCAGUCUUAUGUUCCUCGGAUCAUUUCAAAGGCCGAACAGAUCAAAGCAACACCCAUUAACAAUUUGAAUGCUAUGAUUAAAAGGAAAGCAGUACCGCAAGUUAAUGAUUUGACGACGUUGGUUAAGCGUCGGAAAAAUAAAUAA